AUCACGAACACAAAUUACAAGGGGACGUCGUGGCAGGUGAUCCAAGGAGCGCUCAAGUGGGUCUCUGUUGGACAGGCCGGAGUGUGGGGAGUGAACAGCGCGGACACCAUCUUUUAUAGAACAGGCACAGGCAACGGCGCGGUGACAUCCGGAACGGGCUGGAAUGAAAUUGCAGGAGGUCUGAAUCAGAUUAGCUCGGGCUAUGACGUGGUCUGGGGUGUGAAUGCCCGUGACGACAUCUAUAUACGCCUCGGGAUAACAGCGGCGAAUCCUCUGGGUACAACGUGGAGCCAGAUAUCAGGUCUGUUGAAACAGGUCUCCGUCAGCGCCACGACCAACCACGUCUGGGGCGUAAACGCAAACAACGCCAUCUACCGGCGCAACAGCGUCACAUCACCCUAA